AUGUUCGUUCCAGGCAGUGACCCCCAACUUGGCGAGGGUUCAGAACAGAGACAUUCCACAGGCAGAAGGGGCUCCCUGGAAGAGGAGAGCUGGCAAGUGGGUUGGGUGGAGGCCACAGCAGAGAUGAAACCACUGGACACGGUGCGGGGCAGACAGCCCGCGGACUCAGCCAGUCGUACCAAAAACUUCCUAACAAGGACUUUGCGCAUUGCCAGUGCUCAGAAACUUCCCACGACUCCCCAGUGCCUAUGGGAUAAAGACUAUAUGCUUAACCUGUCACCUAGGACAGGAGCUAGGGCUAGGAGUUCAAGACCAGCCUGGGCAACAUAGCAAGACCCCUAUCUCUACACACCUAUAAUCUCAGCACUUUGGGAGGCCGAGGUGGGUGAAUCACCUGAUGUCAGGAGUUCGAGACCAGCCUGGCCAACAUGGUGAAACCCCAUCUCUACUAAAAAUACAAAAAUUAGCCAGGCAUGGUGGCACACACCUGUAAUCCCAGCUACUCAGGAGGCUGAGACAGGAGAAUCGCUUGAACCC